AUAAUCCCCUGAGAGAACACCUGAGAACCUGCUGGAGCUCGUCACUCUACAGCCUGAGAUAACGCUUCACCUGUACUACAGAGUUUAUACUCAUACCCACCGGCUCUACCUGUGAAAAACGACCAAUCACCUUCAUCUUCACACUCCACCUCUCUCUCAGAUCAGGCCCGGGGUGAAGAUGCCUCCUCCUGUCCCCGCUGUGAGGAGGAUGAGCGCUGUCGGAUCUCGGCUGAACCCGGAGAAGUUUCUGGGACAGGACUUUCAGCAGCUUCAUAAAGACUUCUGCUCAAACAGAGCCCGGUACCUGGACAGCACCUUUCCCCCCAACGAGAGCUCCAUCGGCCCGGGACUGCUGAGCCCCGAGGACAUGAAGAAAGUGGAGUGGAUAAGGCCAACGAAAAUGAUGAGCGACCCUUAUCUCAUUGUAGACGGGGAGUCCAGGUUUGACUUUGCUCAGGGAGACUUGGGGAACUGCUGGUUUCUGUGUGCGAUCGGAGCGAUUACGUCUCAAUCAGAAAUCAUGGAUCAGAUCAUUCCUGCAGGCCAGUCCUUCACGAAGGAUUACGCAGGAAUAUUCCACUUCAGGUUCUGGAGGUUUGGGAAGUGGAUCGAUGUUGUGAUUGAUGAUAAACUGCCAACGAUUGAUGGAGAUCUGAUUUUUGUUCACUGUAAAACCCGGAAUGAGUUCUGGCCGGCACUGCUGGAGAAAGCGUACGCCAAAGUGUGUGGCUCGUAUGCUGAUAUGGGUGGGGGUUUUGUGUCGGAGGCUCUGGCGGAUUUCACCGGUGGGGUUCACAUGACGCUGUUCCCGGAGUACGAGGAGCUGCCGGAGAUGUGGAGGCUGAUGUACGGGGCAUCGCAGUACAGCUCUAUUAUGGGAUGUGGAACUCCACAGGGGGAGACCUCUGCUAACACAGUGUUACCCAAUGGUAUAGUGGAAGGCCACGCCUACACCGUUACCAAAGUUACCAAGCUGAAAGUCAGAGGUCAGAAAGUGAGACUGGUGAGGGUCCUGAACCCGUGGGGUCGAGGAGAGUGGGUCGGAGACUGGAGCGACAACUCCCCUCUGUGGAAGUCAGUCAGUCCAGAAGAUCGCGCCAAGUGGCUGGGGAGUAAAAACGAUGGAGAAUUCUGGAUGUCGUUGGAGGAUUUCUGCAGUAGUUUUGUGAGUGUGGACGUCUGCUGUCUCACCCCUGCGUUCCUGGACGGCUCAUCUCCAGAAAGCUGGACCACAAAUAAGUAUGAAGGCUGCUGGGAUGAAAGAACAGCCGGGGGAUCCAUGGAAAACAAACAGAGUUUCUGGAUGAAUCCUCAGUAUCAGGUGAAGAUCCCGGCGCUGCAGGAGGAGGAGGAGGAGGAGCCGAGGCCGAAUCUGCAGGUUUCUCUGAUGCAAAAACCCGAUAAUAGACACCGACGCCUCGUCCGGCAUUGCCACAUCGGAUUCUGUGUGUUCACGAUCCCACCCGAGAUGAAAGAUCAGAAAGUGUUUCCAGCCUCGUUCUUCAGCUCUAACGCUCCGGUCACUCGGAGCCAGCGCUCCUCCGACACCAGAGAGGUGAUGCAGUCCUUCAGGAUGAAGCCUGGAAGAUACCUGAUCGUCCCCUUCACCAGCACACCUAAAGACACCACCUCCUUCAUCCUGACUGUUUACUUAAAGAGAGAAUAAAUAAAGCUCAGAACUGAUCCUUCACUCAGGAAUAAACAGGAAAACUGAGGGACCACACUGACUGUAGACCACUCCCCGUACACAGCUCUAUUCCAGUAUAUCCAGAAUAAUGUGCAGGAAUUAUAAUAGUCAUUAUAAUUAUUAUAAUAAGACAUUUCUCUGAAUGUUAUAACUGUUAUUAAUGUGCAGAAUUGAGUGUAGUUUUAUUUUUGUUUUUUUAUAUUUUAUACUCUUUUACAACUAUUAUGGUACAUUUAAUGUUAGAAUAGUUAUUUCUGGUGCCUAGCUAACAAUUUUUAUAAGUAGAAAAUUCUUAGAAUGUUUAAUCUGUGAAGUUUUCUGGAUGUUGUUUUUUAUUUAAUGUUUCACAUGCUCUGGUAAUGUUGUUGCAGCAUCACUCAUGUCAAUGUUUUAAUUUUUAGUUUGAGUACUCAGAUUAUACACAUUUCUGGAGAAUUCUUCAGGAAUUAAGGAUUUUAUAUGUGAAAUAUUGUGUUAAACUCAAAGAAGGAGUUGGAACAAAAAAAAUCAGAACUAAUUCAUCAUUAAAGAGAAAAUCUGAAGAAACUGG